UUUUUUCCUAAUAUUGUUAACGCCCCUCAUCUCAUGGGUGAACUACCUAGUCAAUAACAGAACAAAAUAAAAAGUUAUAGGAAAAUGAGAAAAAAAUACUCAAAAAAAAAAUCAAAAUAGUAGGUUGUGACGUUUCAAAGUCACCCGCACAAAGCAAAGAGAUUAGAAGACUCUCUUCUAUCUUUAAAUCCCUUCUCAGAAUAGAUAACAGAUAUACACUCCAUCAAAUCUAUACCUACAUCAACCUUUAUAUAGUUAUAUGUAUCACCCUCUCUCUUUCUCUCCCUUAUAUAUAUAACUCCAAAACAAUCAUUUAAUCCAAACCCAACAUAUCCUUUUAACAGAAUCUUCUUUAUCUGAAAAUAUCUAAAGAAAAUGGUAUUGAACUUUAGAGAUAAGUCCUGCAUUUUUCUGGCAAUUCUUUGUUGUUUAUCAUUGAGUUGUAUAGUAAAAGCAUCAGUCUCUUAUGAUCGUAAAGCUGUGAUCAUCAAUGGACAAAGAAGAAUCCUUCUCUCCGGUUCCAUUCACUAUCCACGAAGCACCCCUGAGAUGUGGCCUGGCCUAAUACAGAAAGCCAAAGAAGGAGGCUUGGAUGUUAUUGAGACUUAUGUUUUUUGGAAUGGCCAUGAACCUUCUCCUGGACAAUAUUAUUUUGGAGACAGGUAUGAUUUGGUUAAGUUCAUCAAGUUGGUGCACCAAGCUGGUCUCUAUGUUAAUCUCAGAAUUGGCCCUUAUGUUUGUGCUGAAUGGAAUUUUGGGGGAUUUCCGGUUUGGCUCAAAUUUGUUCCCGGUAUGGCUUUUAGGACGGAUAAUGAACCUUUCAAGGCUGCAAUGAAGAAAUUCACUGAAAAGAUUGUAUGGAUGAUGAAAGCAGAAAAGUUGUUUCAAACUCAAGGAGGACCCAUCAUUCUUGCACAGAUUGAGAAUGAAUAUGGACCAGUGGAAUGGGAAAUAGGAGCACCGGGAAAGGCUUAUACAAAAUGGGUAGCUCAAAUGGCAUUAGGACUCUCAACUGGUGUUCCAUGGAUUAUGUGCAAGCAAGAAGAUGCUCCUGGUCCUAUCAUAGACACAUGCAAUGGUUAUUACUGUGAAGAUUUCAAACCGAACUCAAUCAACAAGCCAAAGAUGUGGACAGAGAAUUGGACUGGUUGGUACACAGAUUUUGGAGGUGCGGUACCAUACAGACCAGUCGAAGAUAUUGCAUACUCCGUUGCACGAUUUAUCCAAAAAGGAGGUUCCCUCGUCAAUUACUAUAUGUAUCAUGGAGGAACAAAUUUCGACAGAACAGCCGGUGAGUUCAUGGCUUCAAGCUAUGACUAUGACGCUCCUCUCGAUGAAUACGGCUUACCAAGAGAACCAAAGUAUAGUCACUUGAAAGCAUUGCAUAAAGCCAUCAAACUUAGUGAGCCAGCUUUGCUUUCUGCUGAUGCUACCGUUACAUCGCUUGGAGCUAAGCAAGAAGCUUAUGUGUUCUGGUCUAAAUCAUCUUGUGCUGCGUUUUUAUCGAACAAAGAUGAGAACUCUGCAGCGAGAGUUCUGUUCCGUGGAUUCCCAUAUGAUUUGCCUCCUUGGUCAGUCAGUAUUUUACCUGAUUGCAAAACAGAGGUUUACAACACUGCAAAGGUCAAUGCACCAAGCGUACACAGGAAUAUGGUUCCUACUGGUACUAAAUUCUCUUGGGGAUCAUUCAACGAAGCGACUCCUACAGCGAAUGAAGCUGGUACGUUUGCAAGAAACGGGCUUGUGGAACAAAUAAGCAUGACUUGGGACAAAUCUGACUAUUUUUGGUAUAUAACAGACAUUACAAUCGGUUCCGGUGAGACAUUUUUGAAGACUGGUGAUUCACCUCUUCUUACAGUUAUGUCAGCUGGACAUGCUCUUCAUGUGUUUGUCAAUGGUCAGCUUUCAGGAACUGCUUAUGGAGGACUUGACCACCCAAAACUAACCUUUAGCCAGAAGAUCAAACUACAUGCAGGUGUCAACAAGAUUGCUCUUCUGAGUGUUGCAGUGGGUCUCCCGAACGUUGGUACACAUUUUGAACAGUGGAAUAAAGGAGUUCUUGGUCCGGUCACAUUGAAGGGAGUAAACUCAGGAACAUGGGACAUGUCGAAAUGGAAAUGGUCCUAUAAGAUUGGUGUAAAGGGUGAGGCUUUGAGUCUUCAUACCAACACAGAGAGUUCCGGUGUGAGAUGGACUCAAGGAUCAUUUGUGGCGAAGAAGCAACCAUUAACCUGGUACAAGUCUACGUUUGCUACACCAGCAGGAAAUGAACCAUUGGCUUUAGACAUGAACACAAUGGGAAAAGGUCAAGUUUGGAUAAACGGUAGAAAUAUUGGACGUCAUUGGCCUGCAUAUAAAGCUCAAGGAUCUUGUGGACGUUGUAACUACGCUGGAACUUUCGACGCAAAGAAAUGCUUAAGUAAUUGUGGUGAAGCUUCACAAAGAUGGUACCAUGUACCUCGUUCAUGGCUUAAGUCUCAAAACCUUAUAGUUGUGUUCGAAGAGUUAGGUGGUGAUCCUAACGGAAUCUCUUUGGUUAAAAGAACAUGAAAAGCUUCUUCUGAUUCCGAGUUUUCAGGACAGAAGCAAGCUGUUUGAUUCGUUUGUCUAUAUCUUUCUCUGGCUUUGCUUUGAAGAUAGAGACAGAGCUGGAAUUUUUUUUCUUUUAUGGCUUUGUGCAGUGAUUACAAAAAUUAUACAACAUGUAUAUGUAUAACUGUAUCCUACUACUAGUCAUCAUCUAUGGCUAAAUAAAAUUCACAGAAUAAAGGAGUGUUUCUAUUUACCAUAACAUUUUCGUUUGUUCAAGCAAAUAACUGUUUCAAUCAUCUCUUGAAGUUGGAACCUUUUUACGCCUUGAUCUUCUAAUCUUUAUGGCUAUUGGGCCUUCAAGUAGGCCCAAUAAAUAAUCCAUGUACAUUAUUAGACUAUGAGUCGAUGAUGAUAACACAUGUAAAAAUCUAAGGAUGGAUUUGUAAAUAGAGCAUUCAUUUUACUUAGGGGUUCAGUAGUUUUCAUAUUUAAAAAAUAUACCCUAAAAUAAAACCAUAUUAGAGAAAUUAGUACCGCAGUGUGACGAAAUUACCAAAAUGGUCACAUUAAACCACUUAACUACUAACUAGACCUACUCUACUACUAACAUUUACUGAUAUUCCAUUUUUCUUCCUCCUAUUAACAAACGUGUAAAUCAUUUUCACCUUUUUUCACCAUAAUUACCUUCCAAGUUAAUGACCAAACUACCUUCAAAUAUCAUGCUUUCUCGAAAAUACGACAAAACGGUCAAACACAGUCUUCGCCUAGAAACCUCGCCAACAUAUCGUCGUUCCACUCAUACUCACUCGCUCUCACCUCGUUUGUACUCCACGCGCCGCCUUUCUCGUUUCCGUAUUCGAAACAGCAACCGAACAGACCACUAGCGUCGACGCUUGCCAUGACGGAAGAGUCGCUGUCUGAAAAGGACGGACCACAGCUUUCUUCGUUGACAUUGAUCGUGAUGUAACCGGAAGACGACUGAACAACCACCGGCAUAGCGUACGGGUCGUCGAUAAACCUCACUCUAAAACUCCCCUCGCCGGAAAAGUUAGUUCCUUCGAUCUCCGUCGUCGUCAUUGUCGGUGAAGAAGACUCAACGAGACUCAUGAUUUCAUCCGGUGUAUACUCGUCAUACUCUCCGGCAACGAGCAUCGUCGUCUUCUUCGUCACUUCCUUCGCGGUCGUAUUUUUUCCGUUCUCGUCUACUUUGUUCCUCAUUUCUUCCAUUUUCUCUCAAAUCAAGUGAGAAAGAAUUAACAAAAAUGAGAGAGAGACCGUAC